AUGAGGUCACAAUUUAAAGACGAACAUCCUUUUGAAAAGAGACAAGCUGAAGCAGCCAGAAUUACCCAAAGGUUCAAGGAUAGAGUACCUGUCAUAUGUGAAAAGGUUGAGAAUUCCGAUAUCCCCGAAAUUGAUAAACGUAAAUAUUUAGUUCCAGUUGAUUUAUCAGUUGGUCAAUUUGUAUAUGUCAUUAGAAAGAGAAUCAAAUUACCAAGUGAAAAGGCGAUCUUCAUCUUUGUGAAUGAUAUCUUACCACCUACUGCAGCCUUGAUUAGUACAAUCUAUGAAGAACAUAAGGAUGAAGAUGGAUUUUUGUAUGUGUUAUAUUCUGGUGAAAAUACAUUUGGUGAAAAGAUUCCAAUAGAUUUGUCAUCAAUUGAUUUUACCAAGGAAUAUAUCCCAGAGAAUAUUUAA